GGAGGGUUUCAGUGCUUGCCACAGUAGCUCACAAUGGACAGCACCACAACGACUCAGUGAUCCCUUGCAUCAUCCAGACGCUUGACAGAAACCACAGCUGACAGCCAAUCUCAGCCUUCAGUAGGAGCCCUCACAGAGUGGGAAAGUGAGGCAAAAAGGAAAGAUUAAGGCGCUUUGUGGAUUAUUUUUAUCAUAAGCAAGGCUUAAAGCCUUUAAACCAAACAGAAAAUUUUCACCUUUAAAGUUUAGUAGCUUUAAAACAGAAUUAGUAAAGAUGGAAGAAGAGAUGGAUGAGGGGCAGACCCAGAAAGGCUGUCUUGAUUGCUGCAUUAAAUGCCUGGGCGGGAUCCCGUAUCCUUCCCUCAUCGCCACCAUCUUGCUGUAUGCGGGCGUAGCUCUGUUCUGUGGCUGUGGACAUGAAGCUCUGUCAGGGACCGUCACCAUCCUCCAGAACUACUUUGAAGUAGUGAGGAGUCCUGUGGAUGCACUGGAUGUCUUCACCAUGAUUGAUAUCAUCAAGUAUGUGAUCUACGGCAUUGCUUCGGCGUUCUUUGUUUAUGGCAUCCUGCUGAUGGUGGAGGGAUUCUUCACCAGUGGAGCCAUUAAAGACCUGUAUGGAGACUUCAAAAUCACCACCUGUGGACGCUGCGUCAGCGCCUGGUUCAUCAUGCUGACUUACAUCUUCAUGCUGGCUUGGCUCGGAGUGACGGCUUUUACCUCCAUUCCCGUCUUUAUAUAUUUCAACAUCUGGAACAUUUGCCAAAAUUCUACUUUUUUGGAGGGGGCCACACUCUGCCUGGACCCACGUCAGUAUGGUGUGGUGCCAAUUGCUGAAGCCAAAACUGUCUGUACUGGAUCAGAAAAAUUCUUCAACAUGUGUGAAUCCAAUGAGCUGGACAUGACGUUCCACCUGUUCAUCUGCGCCCUCGCUGGAGCAGGAGCUGCUGUUAUUGCUAUGAUCCACUACUUGAUGGUGCUUUCUGCCAACUGGGCCUACGUGAAGGACGCUUGCCGAAUGCAGAAGUAUGAAGAUAUCAAGUCGAAGGAGGAGCAGGAGCUCCAUGACAUCCACUCCACUCGCUCCAAGGAGCGUCUGAAUGCCUACACAUAAAGACCAGGCCUGGCCCUGCCACUCCGGCCUCUCUUCCUCUGUCUCUCCUCUCGCUUUCUAUCGGUCUCUCUCUCUCUUUCUCUCUCUCUCUCUCUCUCUCUCUCUACUGUACCCUCCUGAGGGGGGGCAGAGAUGGCGCCUAGGGCCCUCGACACUGCUGAUGUAACUGGUGCAUCAUAUGAAAACUUGGUCUGCGGGUGCAUCACACAAAGCUCCUUACUCACAAGCAGCAUUUCAAAUGAAAAAAGCCCCUUUACCUCUCUCAUGAAUGGUUUUACAAUUAUCGUUAUGGCAGUUGUAUCAUUCUUAAAUACGAGUUGUUUAGUGCUGAUAGUAGUUUUAGUGUAGUUUGUAGAAUUAAAGGUAGCAGUUAUAUUUCAGCUUUUUUAAUUUUCUGAAAAAUUUGUGUAUAAUUCUUGUCUUUUUAUUUGAUACUGUCAUCUUUUGUUUUUUGCAUUCGUAAUUUAUUUCUUUGCUGAUUUCUGAGGGGGCAACAGGGGCUUUAAAGGGUUUUUAAGCACAUUUAUCAUGUAGUGUGUCCGGAGGUGUCCUGCUCGAGAGCUGUGUGUGCUGUAUGUGAACGAGUGGAUUAGUUAAAAGAUGUUUUAAAUCUCACAACUAUGAAGAAUUGUAAUCCUAUGCCAGUAUUCCCAGGGAUUAAGACCACUUUCACAUGAAAAUUACUCAUUUCUGCCUUUCUAUUUGAAGUUACGCGAUGGAGAGAUGACUAAAUAAUUAAUUGUACAUUCUUGGAAAACAAGUAAUUGCUAGACAUAGCUAGCCUGUUAAACAGGGAUUAUUGAGUUAUAAUGGAUUUCAAAGAAACCGUCGAAGCAACUGGAGUAAAAGUUGAUAAACUUACCAUAUAAAGGAAUUUUACAUUGAUUCUAUUGUCUUUGAAUCACGAGGCACGGAUGCACAUGUUUGCAUAAACAAACUAUAAUUUCUGAAAAGUGGAACUCUAUAAAAACUAAACUCCUGUGUAUGCAGGACUCUGCACUGUAUCUAUUUAUCAAAGCAUACCUUUAUGUUUUGCACUGAUGUUUGAAAUCAUGAGAUCAUAAUGGAAAAAAAAAUGGGUCCAAUUUGCAUCUAAUCAUCUCAAGUGAAAAGAAAGCCUGAAAAUAACAUGAAAAAACAAAGUUGUGUUGGCACUCUUUGGUGGAAUUAUGAUAAUCGUGUGUGCUGCAGUAUUUUUUAGUCCAUGACAAUGACUUUAUUGCCUAAACAUCUGUAUGCCAUAUGAGGUGGCCUGUCACUGCAUUGCCUGGUGUUUUUCUUUCCUAUUUUUCUUGUCAUCCACUAGUUCUCAAACCUAGUUUCAUGCACUUAUUUGACCUUUUUCUGUGCUCUCUCUCUUGAUGUAAGCGCAUUGGUGUUCAACUGAAAGUUGGAUAACUGUACUGUUAGUAAGGACUGUGAAUUUAGAUGUUUUUUGUGGCAUGGACAUUCAUCCGUAUAGUCUUAUUGACAGAAAAAUGACUUUAUUUCACUUCUUUAUUUUUGCUACUUUGACUUGUCAUGCUGGAGCAGACCUUUGUUUCUAUGUGCAGUACUAAAAUUCCCACGCUUUCUGCUACUGAUAUUAGAGACUGUAGUCCUUGAGUUGUGUCUAUUUAGUUUGUGAUGAGCUUUCAACCAUGUCUUGAAGCUGGUUCUUGUACCAACAUGAUUUACUCUGUAAUGAUAAAAAAAAUGCUCUCAGUUUCUUCCUUGUCUUUUGUACUUUCACUAUGGAUGCUUAAUAGCAGGCUUUAAAUCGAAUCUGUUUUGUACAUUCAUGUGCCAACAGCUUGAAGUGGCUUAUUUGAACUGUAUGAUCAAAUUUGCUUGCAUAAAUAAAAUUCACUUGUGUACUUGUUAAUAAA